AUGGUGGGCCGGAACAGCGCCAUCGCCGCCGGUGUGUGCGGGGCCCUUUUCAUCGGUUACUGCAGUUACUUCGACCGCAAGAGACGGAGUGACCCCAACUUCAAGAACAGGUUGCGAGAACGAAGAAAGAAACAAAAGCUUGCCAAGGAGAGAGCUGGGCUUUCCAAGUUACCUGACCUUAAAGAUGCUGAAGCCGUUCAGAAAUUCUUUCUAGAAGAAAUACAGCUUGGUGAAGAAUUACUAGCUCAAGGUGAAUAUGAGAAGGGUGUGGACCAUCUGACAAAUGCAAUUGCUGUGUGUGGACAGCCACAGCAGUUACUGCAAGUGUUGCAACAAACUCUUCCACCACCAGUGUUCCAGAUGCUUCUGACUAAGCUCCCAACAGUUAGUCGGAGAAUUGUAAGUGCUCAGAACUUAGCUGAAGAUGAUGUGGAAUGA